GAGAUUGCCCGUCUCGAGAAUCCUAUUCGAUGCGGAAUCUGGUACUCAAUUGCUCAUAUAGGACUCAUUUUCUGGAUUCCAGCGCUGAUAGUUGUGAUCUGCUAUUUUAUCGUACUCUCAUGGGUGUUCGUAAAUUCACGUCCGUCGAUCUCACGAGGCGGAAACCGCAACGGAUCACUCCAGACCGGAUGUGAAACGGUCGACACCGUACUCACGAGAACAUCAGGGUCCGGCUGCUGGUGCUGCUGCGGCGUCUACUCACCACGCGCCGCUGCCGCCAUACGCGACCAAUGCUCUCAAUACGUAGCAAGAGUACAACCAUCGAAGAAUACAAUAAACGAUGAGUUUCCAGAAUGGAAUCCAUUGAAAACGUUUUCUGUUCCGAAGAUGAAGGACGGGAAAGACGAAAAAUGCAUCGUGCCACCUCGAAUUGUCGUCUCGGACGAGUCAUCGCUCCCACUGACAACUCGUCCAUCGAAUCGCAUCCAGCGAAGCCAGUGCCGUCAUCAGGACCAGUGUGCACAAUAG